GGAUCAACAGUGCCGUCGUGCGCCUCCCAUGAACGUAGUCCACCAUCUCCGUUGCCGCACUAUGCCAUGGCCGUCGGUUGGCCGACGUGUGCAUGGUCUCGCGGGUGACUUCAUGCGUCGUGGGUUUGUGGCGGAUGUGCAACCGCUGUGGGGACGUGGUCGGUGUGUUGGAGUACCGCUUCCCAAAUCCAUCUCCUUCAUCCGCCGAGCAUUGUCCACCCACGUGCCCUCCCUUGGUGCUGUGGAAGUUGGGAGCGUUGCGCGUGCAGUUCGCCCGAACAUCAGGAGUGUCGUCGGUAGAAGCUUCCUGGCCAAAGCGAACGACAUCACGCAUGCAGUUGAACGUUGUGGCGGUAGAGGGCGGAUCGUCGAGAAAGGGCUGAGAGACCGGGACGUGGCUGUUGUGGGGACUGUUUAUGCACGACCGAACGCCGCACACCCACCACUAUCGACUAGCACGACAGCUGCACAAGAUUGUGUUGUGGGUGAUGGCAGGGCUUGUCCGUGUCGGUGCCUGCGAGAUUCGACCGGCACGACGGUGAUCGUCAUCGACGUCGGCGACCGUGAUUGGGGGGGUGUUGGUUCGCACAUGUUCCUCUGGGGCUUUGGUCGCUCUCCUCGCCACGCGUCGGUAGCGGUGUUGUUCAGUUGCAGAAGCGGGUAUCUAGGGAGACGUGCGAAAGCAAUGGAACGACGUAGUUUCACUGAUGAUUUGUACAGUGAUUUGGGGGGGUCUUGUCAGUCCGCUGACGCAGGGGGUGGCACGAUUUUUUGUGCACAACCACGCACGGAGUCAGUGCAAUCGGUGCCUUCAUGGUCUUACGUGCCGCAGCCCGGUGUCCGUAGAGGUUCGUUCGACAGUUAUGGCCGGGAGAGAUCUGCUCCGCAAGGCGGUAACAGCAUGGCGCACGCACCAUUACAUUCGAGAGGUUUCCGAGAAGGGCCAGCCAUGGCUUGUGCCAACAUUUGGGGUUCCCCUCCGGAUCUUCCACGGCAGUUGUCCCAGCCUCGGGUGGGGAUGAUGCCGCACAUCUCGCUAGUUCCUGUGGGCCGAACGACAGGAGGGGGCUGUUCCAACCACCCAACUCCGCAUGGGAUGAGUGAUCAGCAGUCGGCGGAACUGUCUGCGAUGGGGGGGGGGAGAGUGCUUCAAGGUGCGUCACCCGCAAUCGGGGAGGCCGUUGUCGAGGGUGCGGGGAUGGGAAACCGUGGGGAGAGAGCGGAGAAGGAUGACGAUGAUGGAACGACAUCCGCAGCGUCGGACAAGAUUGAUGAAGGAGUCGGUGAUCGGACCAAACCGCCUCCUGUGGGUGGACGGAAAAGGAAGGGAGGCAGCUCACCACGGCAGCCGAAGAAGAACAACCCCUGGUCUUUGGAAGAGAGAUUGGACCUCGCGAAGUUCGCCGGCGAGGACGACGCCCUGAUGGCCGACGCCGAAGGUGCUCAGGCGUGCAUGACGAGGUUGAAAAGAUGGGAGUGGGUUGCAGGAAGGCUUGGAGACAUCGGUUACUCUAGGACGGCGGAAGACUGCAGGAAGAAAUGGGCGGAGCUGGUGAAGAAGGUGGGAAGCUUCAUCCCGGAUGAUUGGGAGUCCCUGACUGUGGACAUUGUUGGCGAUAUCGUCCUGAAGCUCGUGGACAACAUCGCAGAGGACCACGACUGGCGGUUGGACAACGGUGGCGAUAUUGUGGUCGAACGGCCGGCGGCUUCUUUGGCAGACGGGGAGUGUCGAACGCGUGUGUUUCUCCACGUGGAGCGCGGCGCAGAUUGCCGUUCUCGUCGUGUAUGGGAUCAUGCAGCGUCUGGCGAGAGGUGGCAUCUUUGUCGUCCACCGAUUGUCCAACGCGUUGGUCUCGCCACGUGCCGCAUGGGGGAGUUUGCUGAUGUGUUGAAUACGGGGGAGGUGGCGGAGGUGCGGUUGAUGGGCAUGCGGACAUUUCGGCGACCGUCGAUUGUCCACGUCUUUCUUUCGCCACGUGGUGCACAUCGCAGAUUGCCGCUGUGGUGAGUAUGUGCAAGUGGUGAUGACGCCCUGCGUGGACCGCGGGCACGGUGGCCAGUGCGGUGAAUUCCUGCCAUCCGGGAUC